AUUCAAGCCAUGAACACUUUUAUCUACGUCGCUGCGACAAGUUUCGCACUUUUGGUGGCUUCCGAACUGCAGAUUGGAGACUCAUCGGACGAUUACUUUGACUACGGCCCUGUAGGAUGUCCGUUUCCAGUUGCUGAGAAUAAAAGUGGAUUCGGAACGCCGAUUGCGUGCACCCAGGACUGCAACAAUGGUACUGAGACUGCACCCAACGGCACACGCUGCUUUACAAUUGGAGAAGAUGGAUUCGGGCGGAUGGUGCCCGAUUACCCAUACGCAUGCCCGCUCGGAGAAUGCCAGAAUGGGACUUGCGUUCCAAACGGAAUGAACGAUACCUGCUACAAAAGAGCUUUGAAGGAAUAAAACUUCAUCUAUAUG